AAUAAGUGAUACAACAAGCACAUUUCACCAAUCCUAUUACAAAACCUUAAUCUUCCUCAACAGUCCACACCCAGUUAUAUCAUAUCAAUCAAAAACAAUCCAAAACUUUUUACCAUAAUAUUUAAUUUUUUUUUCUCAUACUCUGUAAUUCAGCAAUUAUUCUACUGCUCUGCAACUUUCUAUCCUACUUCUGAAUUUCAUUUAAAAUCAUACAAUCUAUCCUACUUCUGAAUUUCAUUAAAAAUCAUACAAUUUGAUUACAUCCCCCCAUUGUCGCCGUCAUCACAAUUCACAAAUACCCCUUUUCUCUCUCCUCUCUCCAAAAUCAAAAGCUGACUUCCCUCUUCCAACGUUCAAAAACCCCACACCCUAAAGAUUCCUCUUCCCUUACCCCCUCCUCUUUUCAGGGAUUAAUUGAGCUCAAUCUGUUUUCUGGGUCAUCGAUUUUGAACUGGAAAUUUGUCUGGGUAGUUAAAAAAAUUCCUGGGUUCAUCGUGUUUUAGCUCAAUUUUUUCUGGGUUAUCGAAUUUGAGCUGAAAUUUUUUCCGGGUCAUCGAUUUCGAGCUGGAAAUUUAUCUGGAUAGUCAGCGAUUUCUUCUGGGUCAUCGUAUUUUAGCUCAAAUUUAUCCGGGUAGUCAGCAAUUUCUUCUUGGUCAUCGUAUUUUAGCUAAAAUUUGUUUGGGCUGUUAGUUUGAGCUAAAAUCUUUUCUGGGUUAUCGGAUUUAAGCAGAAAAUUUUUCCGGGUAAUCGGAAACUUAGAGAUGUUUGGAGGAAGAAGUGUAUGAAACAGGGGUAUCUGAUGAGAGAGAGAAAAUGGGGGGAGUGACUUCAUCUAUCGCUGCUAAAUUCGCAUUUUUCCCUCCAGCCCCUCCGUCGUACACGGUAAUCGCCGACGAGGAUUGCGGCGUUGAGAAAUUGUCAAUACCUGAGGUUCCAAGAAGGGAUGGUGUUGAUGUUUUGAAGCUCCGAAAUCGGAGGGGAAACGACGUCGUUGCGGUGUAUGUGAAGCACCCUAAAGCCUCAUCUACUUUGCUUUAUUCUCAUGGCAAUGCUGCUGAUUUAGGUCAAAUGUUUGAGCUUUUUGUUGAGCUCAGCAAUCGCCUUCGUGUUAAUCUUAUGGGGUAUGACUACUCCGGAUAUGGACAAUCAACGGGGAAGCCUACUGAAUCUAAUACAUACGCCGACGUUGAUGCAGCAUAUAAAUGCCUGAAGGAGCAGUAUGGGGUGAAAGAUGAGCAAUUAAUAUUGUAUGGUCAGUCUGUUGGCAGUGGCCCUACAGUUGAUCUAGCUGCACGUACCCCUAACCUGAGAGGGGUGGUUCUUCAUAGCCCAAUCCUUUCUGGAGUGAGGGUACUCUAUCCUGUUAAAAGGACAUAUUGGUUUGAUAUUUACAAGAACGUUGACAAAAUUGCCCAGUUGAAUUGUCCAGUAUUAGUGAUACAUGGGACUGCUGAUGAAGUUGUCGACUAUUCCCACGGGAAACAACUUCACGAGCUCUGUAAGGAAAAGUAUGAACCCUUGUGGCUGAGCGGGGGUGGACAUUGCAAUCUCGAGCUCUACCCUGAAUAUAUCAGACACUUGAAGAAGUUUGUAUCAUAUCUCAACAAAUUUAAACCAAGCUCAAACGGUACUAAAGAUCCAGCUGUAGAGUCCUCAUCAAACGGGUGUUCCAAAGAAUCCACAGUUGAAUCAGACAGUCAAAGCAAGGCUUCAGAAAAUCCAUCCAAGUUAUCCACUGCGGUAUCAAAUCCAGACACAUUUGAGUUGAAGCCUGAGCUUCCAGAUGUUUCUAGAAACAGCUUAGAUAGCCGGCUUGAAAAAUCCAAGAAGAAUAGCAAGCCCGAAAAGUCACGAAUGAGCACUGAUCAGGUUGACAGAUUUAGGAGAAAAAAGGGGUUAUUAUGGUGAUACAUCUAUACUAAGUGACACCCUAGAAGGUGGUUUUAUUUCUGUAACAAUAUGUAUUAUCUCCAAAAGUAUAGAUUAUUGAGUGUGUUAAUUCUUUGAGUUGUUUUUUAGUCAAUACCUCCAAACAGAAAAUGCCACAACAGAGCACCCUCUCCCAUUGUUCUCUACUAGCUGUACUUGAUGCGUGUAUAAUUCAGAGUUUUUAGCAAGUGAUUUCUUCUACUUUAGCUGCAUACUUCUUUGUUUCUUCUUAAGACUGAGUUCAUGGUGGCA